AUGCCCACCAACGCUAUGCACGCCAGCACUGUGAAGUCCGUUUCGAAACCGAACAAAGCCAGUUCAUCCACUUCAAAGAAUAAUUGUGCAAAAUUGGCCGUGAGUCCUAGCUAUAUAGAGCUAAUCAAACAAUCCAUUCCUCCAGACCAUGUGCUCGUGGAUGAAAAUUUCAAUGCUCAAAUGCGAAAAGAUAAAUCGAAACGGGCACAGAACAGACUUACCACCGGUUUAGUGGAGACGCUGCCAGCUGGUGAUGUAAAUUCCAAAACACUUGAAGGUGGGAACCGGGAAAAAGCCGAAGCUAUCUGUGAAAAUGUGUUUCACAAUCGGGAUGAUUGGCUUAACGAACCGUCAUUACGACUGAUGGAUUUCUUUCACAUCUGGAAAGAUGAGGUCAAACUUUUGUGUUGGCUUGCCAGACGACGACUGAUUCCGAAUCGAGUCAAAUGCAGUCGAUACAACUGUUCUCAACAGCUGUUUCUGGUCCCAGACUCAACCAACAUUGAUGGUUGGGUAUGGUAUUGUGAUCGGUGUCGACAGACACGCUCAAUCCGACAUCGAACUAUCUUCAAGCAUUGCGAUUUGAGUGUAAAAACAGCUACACAAAUACUUUAUCUGUGGUGUAUCGGACAUCCGACAGACCUUAUCCCAUUGGAUACGAAUACCUCGCCGGAAGAGGCCAAAGAGUGGUUGUAUUGCAUUCGUGAAGUCUGCCGUGAAACCAAUACGGAAUUAAAAGAGCGACUUGGAGGCGUUGAAGAAGAAGAUGCGGAACCUGGAUAUUGUCGUGUGGUCGAGGUUGACGAAGCUCUUUUCACGUGCCGCUUGAAAGAUCGCAAUGGAAAGGAUUGUAUCCGAAAAGUGUGGCUGCUCGGUGGAGCUGAGCGUGGCACAGAGCGUGUUUUUCUUGCUCGUUGUCCACAAAAUAGUCGUGAUGCGUUCAGUCUUGUUCCUUUGAUUCGUGAGUUCAUAAAACCCGGAACGGCUAUCAUUACCGAUGACUGGGAAGGUUAUGCACCGUUGAAUGAUCUCGCCGAGGGCUAUCAACAUUAUGUGGCACAACGCUCGCGUGGAAUAUUAAACCCCGGGCAAGAGGCAGUGCAUAUACAAAAGAUCACCUGUUUAUGGUCGCAUUGGAAACGGAGUUUUGAGAAUUUGAAUGGAACUAGUGUAGAUGACUUCGAUGCCUGCCUGGACGAAUAUCUUUGGCGAAUGCAACACUCUAAAGCUAUUCUCCAAUCAUUCUGCUAUUCCGUCACGUUAUUGUUUGAUAUUUGA